CCAGAAUGUUUGAUAAGAGAGUGUUGGAUAAGUGAGACUCUACUGUAUAUGAUUUUGGGGGAUUAUCUGGUUUGAGAAACAGCCAGAGGGAUUUGCCCAGGCUUCCUGUUCUCAGGGGAUUAUUUUGCAGAGUUUACUGUCUUGAUACAUUUUAUAAAGCAGUUUAUACAUUUUAUAUAUAGGAGAUAGAUACAGUACACAGAAAGAUACAAGUUACCGAAAAAUUCAUGAAAAAUAGAUACAAUUUAUUAGAGGGUUAGAAACGAUAACAUUUAGGGGUUUUAUAGCUGCUGCUGGUUUGGUCUCAAUCUUCUGAUGCUUUGAACUUGUGCAAGUCUGGAAAGGGAAAAAUCAUAUUUAUUUUUGAGCCCUUAGUGAACUAGAGAUCUUCCUGGAGUGGAGUGGUUUAUCGUGGCUCGACUACAAUGUCAGUAACAGAAGACUCUGGAUUACAACACUGCCACAAACAAAAGAAUAAUACAACAAUCUGAAACAUGAUCUGGAAGAAGAGGAACAGGAAGGAAUGAUAUAAAUUGGCCUGUUCUCUUAAAGGCAUAUCAACAAACCGGGGAAGUGGUUAGCAAGACUAGUGAGGAAAAAGAAAUAGAGCCAGUUGAUCACCAAAAUUAAAGCACAAGAUAGGGUUAUCCUGUUAGACAAACAAAUCAGAGAAGAAUUCAAAAUAUUUUAUGGGAAAUUAUAUACUAAAGACUCAAUAGACUUAGGGAAAAUAAUGGAAUAUUUAGGGAACAAAAAACUUGAUAAAAUCACAGACGAUCAAAGAUCACAUCUGAACAAAGACAUUACAGAGACGGAAAUAAUUGAGGUUAUUAAGAAACUGGAUAACAACAAAGCUCCAGGGCCGGAUGGCUUUAUAUCAGGAUUUUACAAGCUACAACUAGAAGAAGUGAUUCAAUCAUUGAAAGAAAUAAUGAAUCAAGCCCUUCAUAAUAAGAUCAUCCCUGAUUCUUGGAAGGAAGCCACAAUUAUAAUGAUCCCAAAAGAGGGAUCAGAUCAAACGGAUGUGAAAAACUUUAGACCCAUCAACACAAUGCUUUAAAAACAAACCCUGGAAUCUCUGUUUGAAACAGUUGAGUAGGAUAGUUAAGAAUUGGCCUGCAACAUGGUUUAGAAAGAAGAACAAUGUUAAAGCAAACGUUAGACAAAAAAAAAACAAUUAUUUCUUUACUGUAAGAAAUCCUUCCCCCUCUUCUUUCUUAUGAUACACUAUUGGUGAAAAGUAUUGAUAAUAUAAUAUGUUCUUUGACAUUAUCCUGGGGAGGUUUCUCCAAAGUUUCAUUUCUGAAAUGUUGAUACUGAUAGGAAUGCAGAACAAAGGUCUUGCAAUUCCCUGAUAAGGUGCCAGAGUCUCAAGAAAGGAGGCUGAACCCACCCUGUUACAAUCUUCCUGCUGUAGAAGAACACAUUGGAUUUAUGAUUUAAGCAAGCUUCGCACCCCAAGGAAAUAUGGAGAAAAACAAUGGAUUUUGGAGAGCUGUGUUCAAGGAGAAGAUCAGAGCGGCAAAACCAGAAGACGCUUGGAGCCUGAGGAUGGAUGAGACCCUUGAGUUGUAUCAGGUGCCAUCGGGAUGGAAGAGAUUUCUGCAAGAUCACGCCUAUGCAAGGUAUUCACUCAAUAGGCCUUUAACAGACUAUUCCUAUUCCUCCUUGUUUAGAUUCACAUGUUCAGAAUGUGGCCAUCGCUGGGCCUCCUAUAAAGUCAUCCUCCUGUUCCAUGUGUGUUGGCAGCCACACAAGAGGCAAGGGUGCAUCCGGAUGAGGUGCUUCAAGCAACAGUGCCACAAAUGCAUGUCCAAGCAUGAAGAUCCAGAAUUUACGGAAGAGUCUGCUUCCAAAGUCUUGGAAAACUUCAUCGUCACCAUAAGAAAGGAAUGCUAUGGAGAGCACAUCGAAGACGCAGAACUCUCCGAGGUGGUCAUCCACAGCACUGGUCCUCAUCAGCGUGAACUUUGUGAAGGGUGUCAACUGGGAUUACACAAAGGUCCACGAGAUUGGCCUCAAGGUGGAGUGCAUCAGGGGAGAGUGUCCACUUGGGAGCCUGAAGGGACACAUGAUUGGCCUCAAGGUGGAGUGCAUCAGGGGAGAGUGUCCACUUGGGAGCCUGAAGGGACACACAAUUGGCCUCAAAGAGGAGGGCAUCAGGUGGGAAGGUUCACUUGGAUUCCUGACAGGACACAUGAUUGGCCUCAAGGUGGAGUGCAUCAGGGGAGAGUGUCCACUUGGGAGCCUGAAAGGACACAUGAUUGGCCUCAAGGUGGAGUGCAUCAGGGGAGAGUGUCCACUUGGGAGCCUGAAGGGACACACAAUUGGCCUCAAAGAGGAGGGCAUCAGGUGGGAAGGUUCACUUGGAUUCCUGACAGGACACAUGAUUGGCCUCAAGGUGGAGUGCAUCAGGGGAGAGUGUCCACUUGGGAGCACAACUACACACGGUUUUUACAGCCAACUGAUGCGAUAACUACCCCAGAGCCAUCACUCACAGCAGUCAUGAAUCCUUGCAGCUGUUCCAAGCACUACAUUUACAUCACCAUCGCUGUUGUCGCCAUUGCCAUCGCCGUCAUUAUCAUGAUCUUUGUUGUCAUUUAUAGCUGUGGGUUGCUCUGAGCCAGGCAUGAAUGCAGAUUCAGGAAUCACAGAACACUAAAGUUGGAAGAGACCCCUGGGUCAUCCAGUCCAACUCCUUUCUUGUCAUGUGGGAAGACACAUCAAAGCACCCCUGACAGAUGGUCAUCAAGCCUCAGUUUGAAGAUCUCUAAAGAAGGCCAUGUCAGAGUAAUGGUUAUUGUAGUGUGUGAAAUGUUUACUCAUUGUUAAAGUGAAUAUGUGUGUGCAGUAUCGAAUAUUCAGCCAAGAUUUAAUUAUUUAUGUAAAACUAAAUGGGCACAUCUGUCUCAUUAUUAUGCAAAUUGCUUUCAUGGUAAAAUACUGAAUAUGUAUACCAAAGAAUUGUUUCAAAAUAAAUUUCUUUAUGUUUUAUUAUCUGUAAAUGGUUAAUUUGUAUACCUGUCUUAAAUACCGAUAUACUUGGAGUCACAUACCAGCAAAAGGGGGUCAUUAGAGGAAAAAGUUUAAGAAGAUUUGAUCUAAGCUAAAAAGAAGAAAAAAAGCAAAGGGGCCGUGGUAGUGCAGCAGGUUAAACCACUAGCUGCAGGAAAAUCUGUCAACCAGAGAGUUGGUGGUGCAAAGCUGAGCUCCCGACUGUCAGCCCCAGCUUCUGCCAACUUAUUUAUUUAUUUACAGUAUUCUAUUCCUCCCUUCUCACCCUAACGGGGACUCAGGGCGAAUUACAAUGAACAUAUAUAUGGCAAACAUUCCAUGCCAUCAGACAAACAACAUACAGUAUAGACACACACAGAGGCAAUUUUAACAUUUCCAGCUUCAUGAGGGCAUGCUCAAUUCCGGCCACAGGGGGAGCUGUUGCUUCAUCAUCCACGAGUGACACUGAGUGCUGUACUUCCUCAUUCCUUUCCACGUGUUGCUGGCGGUUUUUUUUAUGGUGUUGUAAAUUCGUUAAAUUAGCCUCCUGCGUAAAGCGUACCUAAAUUUCCUUGUUGAUAUAUGCAACUGUCUUUUGGGCUGCUUAGGUAAACAGCAAGCCGGGCUAUUUGAUGGUCAGGGGCUUAACCUAACCCGGGCUCCGAACUCAUGACCUCUCAGUCAGUAGUGAUUUAUUGCAGCUGGUUACUUGCCAGCUACACCACAGCCCUGCCCUUAGCAUGCAAUCAGAGUAGAUCAAUAGGUAAAUUGCCUAUUGUAAUUACCUUGUCGGGGAGGUAAAAGGGCACCCAUGCAAAUAUGCAAAAACAUGCUGGCAACAGAUCAGCGAUAUCUACUGAUAACAGGCUCCUUGGCCUGGAAAAAUGGAACAAGAGCACCUACCCAUGGCAGAAAGUUGAACAUCGCCUCCAGACGCCGGAGAUGAAAAAAGGGCAAAGAUCUUUACUUCUGUUGGCUUAUUGUAUGUUGUUGCGUGUAAAAGGCAUUGAAUGUUUGCCUCAUAUGUGUUCUGUAAUCUGCUAUGAGUCCCUCAGGGAGAUAGAGCGAUAUAAUAAUAAUAAUAAUGUGAUCGAGGUGACCACCCUCCCCCCCAGGACUUUGUAAAAGAUAGUUCAAAAAUCAAGACUUUAUGUUCUAUAUUCCAUAUAUUUAUAGUAGAAGGUGAUUGAGACUUUUUACUGGAGUUUACUGUGGAUUAUCCCUGCACUCUGAGGCAAGAGAUAACAACUUCAUGAAUUGUAAAAUCAUGCUGCUAAAACUCCACUUUUAUGAAUUUCCAUGCUGGGUUCUCCAGAUGUUAUGAACUUCGUUCUUAUCAAAUAUUUUCAAUUGUUUAUAUCAUUCAUGAUUCCCCUUUAUGCAAUGUAACUCACUUUUAUGGAUUCUCCCUUAUUUCCAUGAAAUCUAUCUGUCUGCCUAUAUGUAUUUGUACUCUUUGGAAUCCCCGGAAAAUAUGUAUUUUUCCCAGCAUGGUUUAUAUUCCAACUUUAUUUUAUCUUUUUCAUUUUAUUUCAUAUAAUUGUCAAGUCAUGAAAUCAAAUAGGAAAUAUUUUGAACUCAACCUGAACCCCAGAACCUAUCCCAUUUCCUAUGACCCAGGCUUCCCUUCCCAAAAACAAAAGGAUAAUCUGCCACCGCUAAAUCCAAUCAAAUUCAGAUUGCAUGGACAAUAUAGGGCUUGAGUCGCCGAAUUCGGAGUGUUGACCUAAAGGUGAUUCGCCCCAAGGCAAACAUUGUCAUAUCUCACCCAAAGGAAAAACCAGGACACCUCAGGAAGGCGCCCUGCAGAGCCUGUCAAUAUGGCUCAUCACCACCCAUCCUUACUUCCACCUCUGACACCCCAAGGCAUAUCUAAAAUCUGUAUACGUGACAGAAACCCGGACACCCUUGAUUGCUGCCAUUAAUCCCUUUAGAAAUCGGUCUAGCAGGUCUUAAUCCGACAGUUCCUGCCCUGUCACCCCAUUGUUUCAAUAACUCCCGCCUUCUCUUUCCUGAUUGGCCCGAGUAGAGACAAAAGGUAGCUUCCUAUUGGGCCAACAGAGCAAGGCGGGAAACGAAAGCCCGCCUCGUUCAACCUUCUAGCCUAUCAACGAUCAGAUGGGCGGGGGAGCGGGGCGGGAAAUUCAAAGGGCUGUCAGACUGAAAUUUUGUAUAAAUAUGGCUUUAUUUUGAUUAUGUGGUACCCUAGUAGACUGAAUGAUCGCUACUAGAGUCCUCUUCAGCUGAAUUGCUCAAUAAAGACUCCUUGGCGGAUUUUCCUUCAA